UUCGUGCGCGCGCGCAGGCGAAGCAACACGCUUAUUGUCAAAUUAUGAAUCCAUUUUUCGGACACGUAAAAUGACCCGUGAAAAUAUAAAAGAUGGAAACUUAUCCACCCAGUUUCUAAAGCUUAUCUGACAGUAUCUGACCAAUUUUUCCACAGUAUCUGACACAUUUCUGACGUAUCUGUUACAGUUGUAGAGACGAAAGUGAUUUCUGUUUGCGUUUUCAGUUAGCACGUAAAUGAGUUUCGAAAGUGACUGUGACUUUUCUGAAAACUAUUUCAGUGGUAUUGACUCGUGAACUUAGUGAAGUGCCAGUGGGAUUUGUUAAAGGCUUUACACCAAAGAGUUAUAAGAUGAAUCAAAAGUGCAAAGUAUGCGGCGAGCCAGCGGCUGGGUUCCACUUCGGCGCGUUCACGUGUGAGGGAUGCAAGUCGUUCUUCGGGCGCUCCUACAACAAUCUGAACUCCAUCACUGAGUGCAAGAACAACGGGGAGUGCGUCAUCAACAAAAAGAACCGCACGGCAUGCAAGGCGUGUCGACUGCGCAAGUGCCUCAUGGUCGGCAUGUCCAAAUCGGGCUCCAGAUACGGAAGACGAUCCAACUGGUUUAAGAUCCACUGCCUGUUGCAAGAACAGCAACAAGCUGCGCAAUCGCAGUCACCCCCCAGAGUGCCGCAGUCGCCUCAUCUAGCACCGCCGUUUCCACCACACCUCUUCCCCGGAUUAGCGCGACCGAGGACUAAAGAAGAGCUGGCUCUACUAGGCCUCGACGACUACAAAGCCCCUUGCUCGGGAUCCCCAGAUUCUCAUCGAAGCGAGUCAUCCCCUAAACUAGAUGAAAAGGCUCGGAUCAAUCAAUGUCGACCUCCCGACAGACCCUUGACGCCGCCUCGAGAUGCCUUCCUCCCUCUACCUUUAGGCUUGCCCCACUUUCCACACUCACCAUUUCUACACCCCCCUCACUUUAGCCCGUUCCCACCGAAUCAUCAUCACUUACUCUUUCCCCCAGGGUUCCACCCGCUUUACUCUAGACAUUUAUUGGACCACGCAGCGCUUAGACAAGUGGCUGAAAACAACAACGAUGUAAGAAUCGAUGACAACAACACUGAUUCUUCAAAGCGUUUCUUUUUGGAUGAGAUUCUUAAGCAGCAACGGUCUACACAGCCGACUCCGCAAGAAGAUGUGAUCUCGGAAGCAGAAUUCGUACCAACUCCACCGGCCGAAAGGAGAACAUCAGAAUCUCCCUUGCAAGAGAACCCAAUGGAUCUAUCGGUCAAGUCUGAUGGAAGAUCGAGUUCGGCACGACGGCGUUCGGAUGAUAGCGAGGUUAUCGCUCCUGAUAAUGACGAUCCUGAGUCCGGAAGUGACCGAGCAUCUGCCAGUGAUGAAGAAGAUUUGUCUUUCUCCCAAAUAAAGAGGAUCAAACUUCACCCUUUAGAUCUGACAACCAAAGUCUGAUGCCAUUUCAAAGAGACGCUGUUGCAGCGCAAUUAUGACUUUAAUUUCUCGACACCAUGUUGGAGGCCAGUAAAUCGGAUGGUGGUUAUAAAUAAGAUGUAGUGACUUCGGGAAGUCAGCUUUGUGAAUUGUUAUCGAUUGAAUAAAGAGUCUAUCCAAAUACGUAUCUUAAGUAGUUAGUUAAUGAAAUGUUAUUGGUACUUAAACCCCGGUUGAAGGAUGUACAAAUUGUGUGUAAAUACUAAAUUAUUUGUACUGUAAGAUUUAGGUUAGUUAGCUGGUUUUUAAUUAAAUAAAAAUGGACCGAUUGUUGCAUCCAGUUUUAACGGAGAAAGUAUCUAAUAUAACUGCGUAUUUUUUUGUAUUAUUUUAAUAUAAUUUAUUCAAUUUCAGGAGAAUUUUGAUCGAAGUCGUUUGACGUUUGAAGGUUUUAACACUGUGUUAACAUCGGGUGCUUAGUGAAAUUUGUAACUUCUUCGAUUUAUUCUAGUUGUAAAGUAAUUUUAAUAUUGCAGAAUUUCAAUUCAUAUAUUUUUGAUUGGAAACAUUCCUUGUAUACAAAAAGUAAUAAAAGAUAAUUAUGGUACUCGAAACUUAUACAUUCCUAUGAAUUUGCUCAAUAUUGAUAUUAUAUAAUGUAUUCUAUUUUUUACUAUACUCUUUACUCGUUACGUACUCAUUGUAGUAAAAUUUAGUCGAAGACAUACUCAGUUGUAAUAUUUUGUGAGAAAUAUUUUUUGUAUAUAAUGUUAAUGUAGGUAGCAUGAUUUUUAUAAAACGGAUUUAAUGAAUGCAUUCCAAUUUCCACGGAAGACGUACAAAAUAAAAUAUUCACGCACUCGA